UUGCGCCUCGUUCUCGUUGCUUGCUCGUGGUCGUCCGUUUAUUUUAGUAUUUGUCGCAUAUAUUUAGUUAAUAUUUUGUUGUUGUUAUUUAUAGUUUAUAGUUUUGUGCAUUGUUUUUUAUUUGUUUUUUUUAUAUUUUUGUUAAUAACUUUUGAUUAUCCUUGUAAUAACAAAAAAUACCAACAAUUAAUUGGUAAAGUGAAAGGCAAUUCGCGUAAUUUGAACAGCAACUGUAACUCUAACGGUAAACUCAAGUACUUGCUAUAAAUUAUGGCUGCCAAAGAUCGUUUGCCUAUAUUUCCAUCGCGCGGUGCACAAACUUUGAUGAAAUCCCGUCUGGCGGGCGCCACCAAGGGCCAUGGACUACUUAAAAAGAAGGCGGAUGCCCUGCAGAUGCGUUUUCGUUUGAUUCUGGGCAAGAUCAUUGAGACUAAAACGCUGAUGGGUCAGGUGAUGAAGGAGGCGGCCUUCUCACUGGCAGAGGUCAAAUUCACCACCGGUGACAUCAAUCAGAUUGUGUUACAGAAUGUGACCAAGGCGCAGAUUAAGAUACGCACCAAAAAGGAUAAUGUGGCUGGUGUAACGCUGCCAAUAUUCGAGCCCUAUCAGGAUGGUGUCGAUACCUAUGAGUUGGCCGGAUUGGCACGGGGUGGCCAGCAAUUGGCCAAGCUCAAGAAGAACUAUCAGAGCGCUGUACGUCUGCUGGUGGAGCUGGCGUCAUUGCAGACAUCGUUUGUGACACUGGACGACGUCAUCAAGGUGACCAACAGGCGUGUCAAUGCCAUCGAGCACGUUAUUAUACCGCGCAUCAAUCGCACCAUUGAAUAUAUUAUCAGUGAGCUAGACGAAUUGGAGCGUGAGGAAUUCUAUCGUUUAAAGAAAAUACAGGACAAGAAGCGUGAGGCACGCAAAUGUGCGGAUCGUAAACGAGAGGAGCUGCGUCGUCAGGGCUACAAUGUCACCAACAGCGAGGAGGCACAAAACAUCCUCGAGAAUGAUGGCGAUGAGGAUCUGUUGUUCUAGAAUCUAGAAACCAUCCAAUCCCACGUCAAUUUUCCUGCAAAUUACUCCAAACUACCUCAACCAAUUAAUGUACCGCUUCAAUUUUCA